AUGACUGAUGUGGAGCCUGUGGUCACAGAUUUUGCAGCAUCAGGACGGGCAGGCCGCCGGAACGCCUUACCAGAUAUUCUGGGCUCUCCUGCUGGUGCUGGGACUUCAGACCUGCCACACAAACUGGCUGAGCUCUCCGUUUCAGAAGAUGAAGGAGCAGAGGGUGGAGAAGUGCCAUCAUCCAAAGCCUUGCUGGAAAGUCAAGAGGCGGAAGGAAAAAGCAAUGAUUCCUAA